CAAAGGUUGCAUAUUUUUUACCAUCAGACCUGGAAUAAUCUGUUCGUCAGUUUUCGCCCUGAUUUCUUUUACAAUUGGCGUAAUUUCUGUGUGUUCUCGCGUUGGUAUGUAGCAAUGCAGAUAAGAUGUUUGAUAAAAUGAGUGAAGAGUUGAAUUAAGAUGAGAUGUAAAUAGUUGGUUUUUGGAACUACUUUUGGAAUUUGGAAUGGGGUUUGGAUUCUGAUUAAGCCAAUUUCUUCACUUUCGUUUCUGGUUGCUUAUGUAGAAAGAAGAUCAAUAGUUUAGCGUUAGAAAGAGAAGAAGAAGAUGAAGCGCAAGCGUGGGCACAAGAAAGGGAAGUCCAAAGGGGCCUCUGCUACGAGUGCAAAAGUGGAAAUUCCAAGCGGGGAUGGUGUAAAUUUGGAGAAUGUCUCUGGUGCUGAUGACUUUGAUAAAAAUAACAAGUAUGACUCAGGAAUGGAGGUUGAUACGCCUUCUUCGACUGGGACUGAUCAGCCACACAAUGUUGCUAAUAUCAAUCCCGAUGGCUCUAUUGGUAAAGGGAGCGGGAAACUGCUUGGGCGUGUUAAAGUGAAGCUUAGAACCCCGAAAAUAAUGGAGUCCCAAGUUACUUCUUCUGAUGCCCCAACACAGAGUGAUACUGAUAAAAGUAGCCAUCAAAUGGAUUUGGACAGACAAGAGGUGGUUGCUGAGAAAGUAGAAGAUAGUGCCAAUUCAUUGCCUGAAUCUAAAAUGACUGCACCUGAGAGUUCAUCUAAGAAAGCUGGGAGCAUAAAGAUUAAGUCAUCAAAGGUACCGGGUUCAAGUAGUAACCAGAGUAUUGAAGCUGUAGCAACAAGCGAUGAGAGUCCACGCCAAAAGGAAGAGAGUCCACGCCAAAAGGAAGAGAAGACACCUCGUCAGGAUUCUAGAUAUGACAAGCAUGAAUUAGAUACUGCGCUGAUGGUGAUAAAGAAGGUGAUGAAAAUGGAUGCAGCAGAACCGUUCAAUGUCCCUGUGAAUCCUGUUGCUCUUGGAAUUCCUGAUUAUUUUGAUGUGAUAGACACGCCAAUGGAUUUUGGGACAAUAUGUAGCAAUCUCGAAAGUGGUGUCAAGUAUGAAAAUUCCGAGGAUGUAUUUAAAGAUGUGCAGUACAUUUGGGACAAUUGUUUCAAAUACAAUAAUAAGGGUGACUACAUUUUGGACCUUAUGAGACGGGUGAAAAAGAAUUUUACUAAGUAUUGGACAGCUGCUGGGUUGUAUAGUGGACAACCAAGGGGAACUAACGGUGUUGAGAGCAGUCUAGAGAAGGUUGCACCAUCAGGUCAGAUAAAAGUAUAUGUGAAAGGUGGUCAAUCAAAAAAGAGCGCAAAGAAGUUUGGAAGGCGCCAUAAAUCAGAUUGUUUAUGUGCUAUAUGUGUUUUGAAGCGCCGUAGAAGGGAGCGUGAGGAAAAUGCUAGAAUUGCUAAAAGCCUUGAAAUAGGUGAUAAUAAUCCAAUCCAAGAGUUGAACCAAGAGGAAUCCUCACCUGCAGAGAGCCCUUCGGGUGAUAAUUCAACAUCAAAUAUGGAGGAAUCUUCAGUUGACCCAAAUGCAGAUGCUGAAGUGGAACAAAGCAAAGAAGUGAAGAUGGAGGAAUCAAAGCAGCAUUGUCGCCCUUCAGAAAAUAAGGGAGAAGAGGAGGUUGAGCAGGGGGAGGAGGAGGAUGUGGAUGACGAGGAUGAAGGGAAUGAAGUUGAGAUGAAAGAUAAAGGCAAUGAGGAAACACCAGAGCAGUUUGAAAAGUCAAUGGAGGACACAAAUAAAGAAUCUCUACAGCCACCGGCAGAGAAAUCAGGAGAUGGACUCCAAUCCGAUACUCACAAAGAAGACACAGUAAUGCAACAUGAGGAAGGAGCAGUUCAACGACAGAAGCAAAAGGAGUCGCAAGAAGCACCCCAAAAAGUUAAAGCACGUCAGAUCAAGCUUGUUGAGAAUCCCAUGCUUUUGGAGUUGUGUGGAACCCUAUUCCCUGACAAUAAUCGCAAGUCCAUCUGGGGUGGGCCACAUUCUUUAGUUCGCCGUCAAAGUACUUCUCGUACUAGUUCCAUUCAUGCGGCCAUUGAUAUGCUCAUGAAGUAGGCGAAUUCCGAGACGCUUGGAGAUUCGUACUCUCGACUACUUUUGUUGUGGAGAUGAUAAGCUAACUCAUCAUUGUAAGGGCCUUUUUACCCCUGAACUAAUCUAGAGCGCAUGCCAGAUUUGUUCUGAAUACAUGCACUUAGGGGAUACCAUUGGAAAGUAACUUCCAUCGGACAGUGUAGCUUACAAGCUUCCCAUAUCUUCUGAGUUUCGACUUGCUUUGGUUUUGGGGUUAAGAAUUAGGAUAUAGAGAUCAGUAUGGACAUAAUGUGUAACAUCCGUAAUAGCCGAAUAAAGAUUUCAAGUAGUGUAUAGAAGUAUCUCUCACCAACUCGAGUAUGAUGA